AUGAGAAAGCUCUCAUCUUUUAUUUUAAAGAUAAAUGUAUUAUUGGUACUUUUUAUAUCAAUUGCUUCAUCCACAUUUACAACCCAACAAAUUAAUGCUUUGAAUACUAUUUCAAGUCAGUGUGGAUUUCAAUGGACAUCAUUAGAAUGUGGUGCAACUUCCACAUCAAUCUUUUUAGCAAACAGUAUUAAAUGUGACGAAAAUGGUGAUAUUAAUAGAAUUGAUAUUGAUGCAGUAUCAGAUUGUGGUUUAAAUAAUGUAUUUGAUGCAUUUCCAGCUUUGAAAAUUUUAUACUUACAUAAUGUUGAUGUUAAAAAUGUACCUAUUACAAUUUAUCAACAUCCAGUUUUAGAACAAUUUCAAUCAAUUUCAACAUACAAUUUUAAAAUUACCACUGAUAAUGGACUAAAUGAUUGGACCAAAAUGGUAUCUUUAAAAUAUUUACAUAUUCAACCAGUUGUGGGAACAAUGCCUUUAUUACCAACUUCUCUUCAAAAUUUUUAUUACCAUUCCGAUGAUACAGCAGCUACACAAGCAAGAUUUCCAUUUGAAAUCUUUACCCCAAAUUUAUUAACAUUUUAUUUACAAUUACAAGUUGCACCAAUUAGUUCAGUAUCACUUCAAUCAACAUUAUUUAAAAAUUCAACAAGUUUACAAACAUUUUUAUUAUAUUGUAAUGGUUAUUCAAUUAGUUUUAGUGUAUUUUAUAAAUUACCAUCAACAUUAACAACACUUCAAUUAUUUUUAUUAAAUUUUGGAGCCAAUAAGACAAUGCCAAGAAUUGGAGAGGUUAGUUGGGAUUCAUUACAAACUGUUACACUUAAUAAUUUAGCUAUUAUUGGUACUAUAGAUCCAGAGUUUUUCUAUUUACCAAAUUUAAGAAUUUGGUAUUCACAAAAUAAUCCAAAUUUAAUUGGUUCAUUUACAUCAGAAUUUGGAUCACGUUCUAAAUUGACUCAACUUUUCAUUUCAAAUACAGCAUUCACAGGUGCAUUGCCAAAUGAUAUUUUAGCUGGUGGUUUAAACUUUUUAGAUAUAACUUCAACUAAUAUCGGAGGUGCUGCUGGUGGUGAAUUACCAUCAUCAUUUUAUUGUUUACCAAAAUCAGUUUUCUUAAGUACAUCAACAAGUUUUAGAAUUUUAUAUGAUCAGGCUAAAUUUGGACCAAUGGGAACUUGUUCACCAACAAUUGCAAGUAUUACAACACCAAUUAGUUCAUUGGAUUUUAGUAUUCAAAUCAGAGGUACAAUGUUAGGUGCAUUCAUUCCUUUCAUUAGUAUUUCAAUGGAGAAUGUAAAUGGUGCUGUACCAUUGAAUUGUCAAGUUCAACAAUUUGGCACUUUAAUAUCAUGUAGUAAUCCAUUCAUAUAUGGUCAAGGUACUUUAACAUUGAAUGUAUUAAAUGAUGUAACUCCUGCACCAUCAUCUUCAAUUUCAUUUAAAUAUAAUGCACCAAGUAUUGCUUCCAUUACACCUGUGCCAACAAUUGGUGGUACCGCUACAAUUUAUGGUACAAACUUUUGGAUUGCAACUAGAACCACCACUGAUUCAAAUAACUAUGUUAGAUUAAUCAAUAAAAAAGGCACAGAAAUUGAAUGCACAAAUGUAAAAGUAAUAAAUGCUUAUCAAACUUUAACAUGUGAUUUACCAAGUGGUAUUGAUGGUGGUAUAUUUGUUGUUAGUGUCAGUGGUCAAGAUAAUAGAAAUCAAGCUUUUACAUUCUUAUAUUCACCACCAUUAAUUAAAAGUACAUCAACUAAAUUAAUUCCAACAAAACUUGAAUCAAUAGUUACCAUUUUUGGUUCAAAUUUUUGGAAUGAUACUUCAAUGGUACAAGUAUUGGUACAGGGUUCUAUCGAUUGUCCAGUUCAAUCAGUAAAUCAUACAAUUUUAACAUGUAAAUUCCCAAAAACACCAUUUAUUUUACCAGCUGGUCAAUUGGAUGUUUCAGUCACUGUUAAUAAAUUAUCAUAUGGUGCAAUUUCAAAUUUAUUAACAAUGAUGGAUCCAUCAUUUUGUCCAAAUAAUUGUGGUAGUAAUGGUUAUUGUGAUGGUGAUGUUGGAAUGUGUAUUUGUAAUAGUAAUUUCACUGGUGCAGAUUGUUCACUAUCUACCAUUGUAUCAAAAUUUGAAUUUGGUGAAAAUAAUGCAACUAUAACAAUGACACCACAAUUAAAUGAUGAUGCAAAAACCACAUCUUCAAUGAAAUUAUAUUUAGUUUCAAUAAUUGAAAAUCAAAAUGAAAUUUUAAUUGAUCAAUGGAAAUCAAUUCCAAUCGAUCAAUAUACAACUUUAUAUCAAUGGUAUGGAGCCAAUCAAAAGAAUAUAAAUGUUACAAUUAGACAAAAUCAAAUUAGUUCAAGUGAUCAAUUUAUUUCAUUCCCAUUGAAUAGUUUAACAUAUAGAGUAGAUUAUUAUUCUGGAAGUUCAUUAACUGUUAAUAAUCCUCAAUUUUUAUUUGAAUUUGAUCAAUAUCCAAAAGAAUGUCAAAAUCUUCCAAUUAUUUUUGGUAAUCCAACUGGUUCAUCAGUGGAUACUCGUUUCUUUACUUUAAAUACUUACAAUGUUGAAUAUUUUGGUAGAUUUCCAAAAGUUGCAAUUGUAAAUGGUCAAAGUGGUAAUGGUGGUGUAACUUCAAAUUCAGUUGGUAUUUCUGGUUUAUUCAAUAAAAUGGUAACUAAAGUAAACGCAUACGAUUGUCAAAGUGCUAGUUUUGAAUUAGAUUUAACUGCUUAUUCAACUGCUGUAGUUCGUGAACCAUCAAUCAAUAGUUGUACCUCACAGGACGGUUCUCAAAAUGGAAAUACUGAUAAUAAAAAAUCUGAAAAUGGUUGGAAAAUUGGUGUUGGUAUUGGUGUAGGUAUUGGUGGUGCUGCUUUAAUAGUUUCAGCUUUCUUUAUUACCAGACAAAGAGUGAAAUUAAGUAAAACUCAAACUUUAUUAGAGAAAAAAUUAAAAGAAAUUAAUAAUAAUUUAUAA